AUGGACGCUUUUGAUGUAAGCGAUCAUGGAGAACAGCUGCAAGAAAUAGAUAAUGAUGACAUGAUAUACAGAUCUCUUGGACUUUGUUGGAGACUGAAGGACGAUACUUUUGUGUUUACGGUACCUACUGAAGAGAAGCCUUUUACUCGUCGCGGUCUGCUCUCAACUGUAAACAGCCUAUUCGACCCAUUAGGUUUCAUAUCACCAAUCAUCAUCAGCGGUAAAAUACUUCUCCGAGAAUGCACACCUGAAGGAGUUGACUGGGAUGAACCAUUACCUGUCUAUAAUCUUCAAAAGUGGAACGAGUGGCAAUCGUCUCUUCACUGUCUCAGUGAUAUCGCCAUUCCCCGUAUGAUGUCUCACACUUCUGUUAGUUCAGCCCAGACAGCAGAAGUUCACAUAUUCUCAGAUGCUUCAGAAAAGGCAGUAGCAGCAUCAGCAUAUAUAAAAACUGUAAGUGAUGGACAAACAAGCGUUCGAUUCAUCAUGGGAAGAAGCAAGUUAGCACCUCUUAAUGGCCACACCAUUCCUCGCCUAGAGUUGUGUGGAGCUGUCUAA